GGCCUCACAUAACUAGUAUAUAUAAAGAAGAGAAGCCUGUCUAUAUAUUCUGUGUAAUUUUUCUACGAAAUGGUAUUAAUCCCCGCCACUGGUUGCAUGAUUUUUGUCUUUCUUUUUCUUCUAUUAAAAUAUAUUUUUCUUGAGUCGAGGGUCUAUCGGGAACAACCUCUCUACAUUAUAGGAUAGGAUUUGUAUUAUGUUGUCGAUGAUUGAAAGUGAAAGUGAAGAUGAAGAAACAACUGCCUCUGAUGAAGAAUUUCUAGGAAGUGUUCAAGAUUUUGAAUUAGAGUUCUACGACGAUGGUUACGACGAGGACAACGAGGAUAUGGAGGAAGAUGAUGUUGAUCCAGAUGAAUUAUCUUACGAGGAAUUAAUUGCUUUAGGAGAAUUUGUUGGAGUAGAGAACAGAGGAUUAUCUGAAGCAGAAAUAAGCAAAUCCUUGCAUUCUUCUACAUUUCAAUCCAAUAAUUCCAAGACACUUGUUGACAAGUGUGUGGUGUGUCAAUUGGAAUAUGAAGAAGGAGAGAAGCUAGUAGCACUUCCAUGUGAUCAUCACUACCAUUCAGAUUGUAUAAAAACAUGGCUUCAGAUAAAGAAGAUUUGUCCCAUAUGUAAUGAUGAGGUCUCAUCCGCUAAUGUGACCAAGGAUCUAUAGAUCUAUGUCACUCGUAUUAAACCAAGUUCUUGUAUUGAAAUCAGUCAAGAUUUAUUGAAUAUGACAAUGGAAAUUUGGAACUGGAUUAAGCGCACAAGUUUUCAAAACAUAUUCUACUAACAGAAAUUCAAUUUGAAUUGAGGGGUAUGACCUUCAUGUUCUCUGUAUUAUACAUCCAUGGAUAAAUUUGUAUAUUUGUAUAUGAACUCCCAUUCUAUCCAAAAUAAAAACAACUUUCGUUUCCAAGUUUA